GUCUGGUAUGGCACCUCAGGCUAUGCCUGUUGUGAGGUCUUGAGUGCUUCGCGGAGGAGGCCCUCGUUGGCCGACGUGAGCGGCAGCAACGGCAGCCGGAUGCCACCUGCAUCACAUCGAUGACCCACACGGACGGUCAAACAAACCGUGUGUGUGGUGUAGGUGUGGUGUGCCUGUCGGCCGACGUCCGUCCGUCCGUCCGCACCUUUGAUUUUGCCCAUCUCUUUGAGGAGGAACUUGGAAGGGGUUGGGUUCGGCUCGCAGAACAGAGCCUGCAAGAAAUGGAAUGCCAGACGUCACGUCACCAGGCUUGGAUGGGGUUGGCAGUGCAGUGCAGUGCUGCCAGUGAGGUGUCAAUCAAUCUCACCUACCUUGUGCAGCGGUGUCAGGAAGGAAUCGAGCCUCUCUGCCUCUGUGAACUGCCCACACACACACACACACACACACCAAGCGAUGGAUCAACACCCGGACGGAGGAAUGAAGGUAGCCUGCAGUCGUUCUUGUCAUUUUGUGCCUACGUCCUUGGCGAGUCCGGCCUUGCACAUUCGUGAGAAGAGCCCCGGCGCCACGUUGGCCGUCACCGAUAUCACACCGUCGCCUCCUGUAAGUAAGAUAGACACAUACACCCCCCACCCACAAAAAAUGCAGACGUACGUCUGUCUACUCCCUUCCCGUUCUUGCCCUGUCACCCUGUUUGAUCGACUCGCAGGCCAGCCCGUCCUCACCACUGCAUUCAUCCCAUCCACAUACACGUACACACACAUACACAUACAGACACAUGCGUGUGUGCUUCCAGGCGGGGCGGGGCGGCUCACCUGUAGACGACGAAGUCGGGCCCGCAUCUCUUGCGUAUGUCGGCGAACCUCUCGAUCUUCCCCGCCGCCUCCUUGGUCGCAAUGAUCGACCCCACCUUGGACAACCUGACGUGACCAACACACACGCAACUUAAUUUGUGUCCAUAUGGCGUGUAUGUUUGUUGUGGGUGUGGUUGUGGUCGUGUGUUGGUUGUGAUGUGGCCCACUGACUGACUGACCUCUCGACAGUUUCAGGCAGCAUGUCGCACCCCGUCCUCCCCGGGACGUUGUAGAGGAUGAUGGGCAGCUGGGGGACGGCCUUGGCCACAGUCGUGUAGUGCUGAUAGAGGCCCUCCUGCGACACACAGACAGACAGACAGACAGACCCCCGAGCAUGUGAUGACGUCAUGGGGAGUGCGUGUGCAGCUAUAUGAUCUAUCAGCGCAUCAAUCAAUCAGCGUACAGUCAGUACCUGUGUUGGCUUGUUGUAGUAUGGGGUCACUAUGAGGGCUGCAUCCGCACCAAGCUGAUUGAUGCACGCACACACGCAUGCCAUGCCAUGCCAUGCUAUGCCAUGUCCGUCUUUGCCAGCCAGUCCGUGUGUGUGUCUGCCCUGGCCUGUUUCUGUGACCCACCCCACCUCUAGAGCCCUCUUGGUCUUGGCAACCGUGGCGGCAGUCGAAUUGGUGCCCGUCCCUGAAGCACACAACAAACAAACACCCCACCGGUGGGUGAACCAUAUCAGUCAAUCAAUCGGUGAGUCUGCUCUGCCUGUGUGUGGCUGGUCGUGUCUGUCGUGGUGAGCUGGUCCGACCUGCUAUGACGGGUACCCUGCCCUUGGCGUGUGUGAUGCAGGUGCCGACCACCCCCUCCCACUCGGCCCCAUCCAAUGUGGGCGACUCCCCUGUCGUACCAACCUGCACACAUCGAUACCGGCAGAUGACAGAGAGUGCCAUUCGUACCUACCGCCACGAUGCCGUUGGUGCCCUCAGCGAUGUGCCAAUCAACCAGGCCCUUCAGGGCCUGACGAAAGAGAAAUCAAAGAGCAACAAACACAGCAGGUCCGAUCCGCCUUCCUUUGGCAUCCAACCAACAUGUGUGUGUGGCGUACAGUGGCAUACAGAGUGAGUGCGUCUGUCUGUACCUCACCUCGUAGUCGACGGCUCCCUCUUCUGUCAUGGGCGUCACCACCGCCACAAUGGACCCCUUCAGCUUACUCAUAUCGAACCCACCCAUACUGGCUGGAAUCUGUCCAACCAACGUCCAAAUGCCGUCACACACACAAGGGGCUUCGCUGAAACAGUCAACUUCAAAAAUAUUGG